GGGGCCUUCCGGGAGGGAUCGGCGGAGCCAUGGAGAAACCGUGGGGGGAGAGCCGCCCUACUGAGGGCCGUUACGAGGAUCCUAAUGGGGAUCCCGAUGAGGAUCACUAUAGGGACUCCGAUGAGGAUUUGUAUGAGUUCCCCGAUGAGGGCCCCGACGAUGGCCCGGAGCCUCCGCCCCCCAUCCCGGGUUUGGUGUUCGUUGUGACGGGCGGCUGCGGCUUCCUGGGCCGCCACCUCGUGCGCCUCCUGCUGGAGGAGGAACCCGACCUGCGGGAGCUGCGCGUCUUCGACCUCCACCUCGACCCCGACCUGCCCGACGACCCCCGGGUGCGGGCGCUGCGUGGCGAUGUGGGGGACGCGGGCGCCGUGGGGCGGGCGCUGGAAGGGGCCGAUGUGGUGCUGCACACUGCGGCCCUGGUGGAUGUGUGGGGCAACGCCGACCCACAGAGCAUCGCCCGCGUCAACGUGCAGGGCACGAAGGCUCUGCUCCGCGGCUGCCGCUCUGCCGGCGUUCGCUGCCUCAUCUUCACGUCCUCCAUGGAGGUUGUGGGGCCCAACGAGCGCGGGGACCCCUUUGUCAGGUGGGGCCACGUUGGGGGGCGCCCCACACAUUGAGGACCCCCACAGUUG